UAUCAGACAACUGCAUCUGCUGCUGAGCUUUGCACAAUUUCAAUUCAUUCAAUUCCUUCCAUUUCUUCUCGCCUUUCUUAAUCCGCUACAAGAUUCAGAAUGCCUCGAGAUUGCCCUCUUCUUGACACGACCAAUUGCACCAUAUCGACAUGUCCUAUGACCUGUGCCCAUAUACAGUAUUUGCCUACCAUUCCUGGAAAUGCUGUCUAUGCUGCGGUUUUGGGCUUGCUCCUUAUUGUACAGACCGGGCUGGGAAUCCGAUUCAAAACUUGGGGAUUCAUGGUCGGCAUGAUAUGUGGCCUAGUUCUCGAAGUUGUCGGAUACGCGGGCAGAAUAAUGCUACACAACAAUCCGUUCGACUUCAACAACUUCAUCAUCUAUCUGGUGCCCCUGACGAUCGGUCCCGCAUUCUUAGCUGGCUCCAUCUACCUUUGUCUCUCUCGCAUCGUCAUCGUCUACGGUCAACACAUUUCUCGCUUCAGCCCGCGAACGUACAGCAUUGUCUUCAUGUCUUGCGAUUUCUUCUCGCUUGUCCUCCAGGGUACCGGUGGUGGCAUUGCCGCAACAGCAAAUGGCGUAGCCGGUAGUAAUGCGGGCCGAAACAUUAUGCUUGCCGGUCUUGUCUUCCAGGUGUUUUCUCUCCUAGUUUUCAUGGGGUUGUGGCUUGAAUUCAUUUUCCGGCUGAGUAAGACCGACAACCAUCACAAGGACAUGCGGUUCAUCGAUUUGAGGGCAUCUAAGAGAUUCCUCUGGUUUCAAUGCGCCUUGUGGCUGGCAGUUGUACUCAUUUUCAUGCGCUCCGUAUAUCGUGUUGCUGAAUUGCAACAAGGUUUCAGCGGCUCAAUUGCCAACGACGAACCAUUGUUCAUGGUUUUCGAAGGUCCAAUGAUCAUCAUAGCCGUGGGCGUCCUAACGAUCUUCCAUCCUGGAAUUUCCUUCGAUGGAAAGUGGACUGACGCGGUAUGGUCUUUGAGGGGACGCCCAAAAUCUGCAGGUUCUACUCCCAGCGUGGAUGAAACGGAAAUGCUAAGCCAGAAGUGAAUGGGGUAGACUGAAAAGACAUGUCUAACAGCAUCGGUUCCAUCAACACAAAUAGUUUCUCAUGAUAAUGUGCAUAAAGUCUCU